AUGGCGGCGGCCGCCACGGCCGGCGGGCAGGCAAUAGAAAACCAGCUGAAGAUCUGUGGCUAUAGGAGCAAUGUGGAUGUCGUAGCACUGUAUCUGGCUAGACAAGGACUAAGAAGUAUUCCCAGUCUAUCACAGUUCCGCAGAUUAAGAUAUUUGUGGAUUAACAACAAUAAGAUCCAAGAUUUAAACUUCUUGAUCAAAAACUAUUACUUGACUGAACUCUAUCUCAACAAUAAUGAGCUGACAGAUAUAUCAGGUGCUCUGAAACACUUAUGCUCAUUACAGAUUCUGUUUCUUCACAACAACGAGUUAAAAAAACUUGGCAAAACAGUGAAGGAAUUGAAAGGAAUGAUAAGCUUGCAGACUCUAAGCCUAUUCCAAAACCCUCUGGCAUAUGAUCCAGACUACCGGCUUUAUGUGAUAUACUUUCUUCCUUCAGUUCAGCUCCUUGACAGGAAGUUAGUUACACAAAGAGAAAGGGAGUUAGCGCUUCAUCUCUAUAACCCCAAAAGGACUUGGGUGAUGCAGUCAAUAGGUUUUGGGAGGAGAGUGGAUACAUCCCUGGAGACUAUGGCAGGAUCUAGCAGAUGCACUCAACCAGCCAGAAGACCAAUAAUGACCUCAGGUCAUGAAUUUGGAAAUAACACAAAUAAAGUACCAUUUGAGAACCCCGAAGAUGCAGUUUUAGUAAGGGCAAUGACAAGAUCUCUAAUGGAAUUUUCCUCUCUGGACUGGAACAAAGUAGCCACCUGUCAAGAAAGACGGCUUGAAAACAAAGCAGAAGAGCCCUUUCAGAAGCUGACAGUCCAGUUUAGAUGAGAAAAACAUUUUCUCUCUCUAAUGUUUACCCCAUAAGUAGGUUAACAGCUCAGUAAAACAAGUACACAACAACACACAUCUAAUUAAGCGAAUUUCCAGAAAAAAAAAGUUAGUGUAACAUUUCUUUUAUCAUAUGUAGUAUAGAGAGUGAAGAAAUUAAGAUAACAAAUGAUAAAUAGUGGCAAUGUUAUAAUAAAAGUUGUUUGAAAUGCAA